CCUUGACUCCUCCUCAUACCUCGAUCACUCCACAAUUAUCGAUUGCUUUGGUCUUCUUUUACUCCAUUGACCCUCGACUCCCCAUUCGGUUCCCUCCACUCCGCCCCCAGAUCGUUCAUUCGCCUGUUUGCCAACAUCUCCGCCUGGUUCGCCCCGUUGCCCGAACCAUCCCAAUCUAUUCACUCUCGAUCAAUGUCGUGAAGAACAUCCUGUCCGAAUCCCGUCAUUGAGCAUUUUAUAUAUUCGCAUCGUGUAUAAAUUGCCGAUUUCAAACCCUUCCGUCGUUGUGGCCCCCUUCCGAUCCAUACAAAUGAUACCUUUCAACCGACGCUGUACACCAUGAGCCUAAGAUGAAACCCCAUUCUUCUGCCGGCCAACCCUGGGGUUACCCGAUGCGCGGCCUCAAUGGAGGCCCCGGACGGGUUGACCUGGCUCAAAUGGCCGGCCAGUAUGAUCCGCCCUCGGUCUCCUCGCAACACUCCAUAUCGCAGUUGCAGUUACAGGCGCAACCGCCCCAGCCGCCCAUCCGCCAAACACCCGUGGUCGACUUGACUGCCAGCGGAUUCGAGUCGCACGAUCGAGAGCCCCCACCAAAACGACCGAGGCUGGAUGUUUCAAGUGGAUCGAGUCUGGGAGAUGCCGGCUCGACAGCGAAUAGUGCGGAACCGCGGAGCACACCUGGUAGUGCCGGUUCGCGGCCGCAGCUAUCAUGGCGCGGUCGACCGCUCUGGUCCUUCCAGGCUGUGAUGUCGGAGGUUCCUGGUAGCGAGAACCGACGAGAUGGCGCGUCAGCAUCAAAGCCACCGUCGCCGCCUCCGUUCCCUGCUCAACCGUGGACUAAUGCUCCGCCGGAGCAUCAGCGCAAUACAGAUUCGAGUUCUCGUGAUCCAUCCCCAGUCAAAAAAGUUUCCACAACACCAUAUCGUAUUGAGACGCCUUCUGCGGCUCCAAUCAUCAAGGGAGAUAAAGUCGCCGGUUUCGCCCCGUGGACAGGAAAUCACCCGGAAGAUAUACUUAACGAGCAGACAGCGAAACAAGGUUAUUAUGAUCGUACUCAGGUCUCUCAAAACGAGUCGAACACCGCCCGCCCGGCUUUAUAUGCGCAACUCAAGCACCGCACCGGCCUGCAAAUGCUUUCCUCUGUCUUCACUGCGGCCCUUGAGAAACGCCAGAACCACAAUGCCGUCCAUGCACCAUCAACUUUCAAACCACCGCCACGAGUCACCUUGACUGAUAACAAGCGAGAAGCAUGGCUUCGCGACCUCGCCAACUCGGCCGUACCUCUGCGCCGAUUGAGCCGAACCAUCCCCCAUGGUAUCCGUGGUAAGGUGCUGCUGGAUCAGUGCCUGGGUAAAUGGAUCCCGGUUGCUCGAGCCGUUUGGCUUGCAAAGUGUGUCGGUGCCAACGAAAUUCGCGCCUUUAAACGCAAAGGCACCAGCGGUGCUUUGGCAGUGGGUCUAGAAGCGAAGUGGGUUCGUGAAUGGACGACCAACGUUCAACAAUUCGUCGAAGGGGUUUUCAGUGCGCCGAAAUCAAAUGACUGGAAAGCCAAGAUGACAUACGCCGUGGGACUCACUGCUCGUCUCUUCUUCGAAAACCUCCUCGACCACGAUCACUUCCUGGAAUGGUUCCUGUCCUCUUUCGAAGCCGCUUCUCUGGCUACUGUGCCUGUCUGGCUGUUGAUGCUUGGUAUAUAUUGGAACAACCUCAUGCGGUAUCGGCGACGUGGACGACGAUUAGCAGAACUUCUGCUUGAAAAGCUACGACAGGCCAAUGUCGCCAAACUAGAUCCCCUGCAACCUCUCAUUGAUCGCCUCUCUCGUUUCAUCAAAAAGCUGGUUCAUGAACAUACCUCAUCCAUGAUUCUGCCAAAUACUUGGGACACGUAUAAAGAUCAAGUCUCCUCAUGCCUCAACCUGACCAAUAAAGUUGAUCGGGCUCUGUUUCAAAGUAUUGCGGAACGCAACGCCCGAGUUCAGCGACCUCGACACACUAAACAAUCAGCUCAGCGUUCCCCCCAUCAACGCAUUAUCCGCCUCCUUGAUUCUAUUCGCUCCGCGCACGAUAUUGUCGCCAUCUCUUCUGCUUGCCUGGACGCUGUUGACGAUCGGGCUGUUCUCGUUUCAAAAUUGCUAGAGUGGCUUGCAACGCCGUUCCGUUAUGGCAUCUGCCGAGUUUACGUCGGCGUCCGUCUAUUGCGGAAGUGGAAGUCGUCCGGUGUAGAUGUUGACGAGCAUAUUCUUUCCUUCCUUACACAUGCCGGGAUCAAUAAGAAACUUAAUAUGGACAACGUCUACCAUGCCAUCUCCGAGCUUGUCAGGUCACAGACAUUCUCGGUUGGCCGGUACCUUCAGUGGCUGAUGGCAAAGGGAGUGACAAAUUAUCAGCCCAGUGGCAGCAAGACAGCUACGGAAACCACUGGUGACAUUGGACUCAUCGCACAACUUCCUGUUGGCCGUCUACCUGAACACGUUGGCAAUCUACGCAAAACAUUGAUGGCGCGCACUGGAUUCUCCGUCUCGGACGAAGACGAGAUGGUUGCUAAUAUCAAAAUAUUAAUCAGUCAUCGCCUUCCCGCCCUCUUCCGUUCGACAAUGUUGUUAGAUACGUCGCUCAGUUCGCUACCGUCGGAUCUGACAUGGGCUGUGAAGGCUGAGAUUGCGCAAUGGCUUCGACGCAGUGUUGCCGAGUAUACCCGUGCGAACGCUACAUUACGAGCCAUGCUUCCAGGUGCACUUGACCAAUCAGUAUCUGCACUCACGCCUGAAGAGUUCUACAACGUUCGUGAUAUCCUCGAGACACUUGGUGAUAUCUCAAUGCUGGCGGAUGUGCUGAAGGUUGCCUCGAGCUCCGACGAUAGCACCGUUCUGGCAUCCGUUGCGGAUACCACAAAUUGUCACUUUGACUCGUUGUCCGUCAUUGGUGCCACGAUGGACCUUUUCCGCAAAUUGAUCGAUGCAUAUGCCGGCAUCAAACGGUUCGGCACGCCCAGUCUGGAUCUGAUGUUUUCGCUUAUCGAGCUUGGUCUUCGCAUUCCAAACGAGCUGAACACUGUUGCUAUUCUUCGCCAGGAUCUCUCGCGCAUGGAGAACAAGUCGGUUGUCGCUGCUUGCUCGCCUGUUUCGGACCACAUCCCGGAUAGCUUCGGCGAGGCGGAUCCUCUCUUCCGCGAAAAGCUGGAUCAGCUGUUGCUCUUGGGGAAUGUUAUGGAUGAGCCCACUCUAGACACUAUCUUCAACAUGCUGACGAAACAUCUGGAAUCUGGCGAAGGCAAGAUGAAGCUAUCGGCCAAUGAUACUUGUAGGUACCUGGCGCAGUUGCGGUCCUUCCAGCCCAAGCAUUUCGAUGUGAUUCUGGCCCGUUGGGUCUGCAGCCACCUCAGAUCAUCCGAUCGCUCGAUACUACUUCACAUUCUCCCGCCACUCAUCGGUGUUGGAUGCGUGACCAUUCGAUCAUUCUUGUCACUUGCAAAGAGACUGUCCAACUCCGCAAACUCAAUCCCCAACGCUGCCGACCUGCCCGCCGAUCUAGUCGGGCUUCUCGUGGCCCACGACGAGGAUGCCAGAUAUCUCGAUCUCGUUUCCUACCGCUUCCAGCUAGCCCAGCAAGAAUUCAUCUCCAGGAACACCGAGGAAGCUCUCGGGAUUGUAUGUGAUGCCGCUGCCUGCCUCAAGUCUGGUGAUGAAAAGCCAGCUCUCAAGUACAUCAACCUGGAGACGUCUAUGGUCACGCUAAUGCGGGAACUGCUUGUGCGGAACCCUGAUUGCACAAGUAAAUACUGUCUGCAAAGGAUUGACAACCAGUCCUCGGCCGCGACGGUCGUUUUCCAGAAAGCGCUCGACCUCUUGCUUGGGGUGGAUUCGCAGAAAGAGAACGUUUCGGUCAUUUCGGAAGUCGAGAAGCUUGCAAUUACCACCGACGACUUUUCGCUUCCGCUCUGCCAGCUGAAGCUCCAGGUGCUUUUCCACGCCGACUCUGCAAACGAGGAUCGAACCAACCUUGUGGAUGCGAUGUUCAAGACAGUCGUGGCCGAUUCGCGUGCGCAAAAGCUUCACUGGGUUGACCUGGUGGCUUUGAUGAGUCCGGAUGCGGUGCGACAGAUUCGUGAACGGGCCGAAAAGGAGCUCUUUGCUAUCCCGCUCCUUGAAGAGCCGGUGACACCGCAGAGUAUGACCUCUCUGGAGAAUGCAAAGUUGUAUCUUACUGUUAUCGAAGAGCUUGCGAGCAGUAUUCCCAACUCUGGGACGCCAUCCAUUGCGCUGCUCCUCGUGGAGAAGAUGGAUACCCUCUUGCACAAAAUUAUCAACCUGCAGUCCACUCUCAACAAUUCUGGUGAGAACGGCAAUGCCACAUCGACUAGUCAAGGACGCACCACCUUCGAGCGAUCCCUAGCCUUCUGGUUCUCAGCCCUGCUGCGGAUGGUGGUAAUCCAUCGUGCCUCGUUCAUUCAGCCUUCUCCCACGCUGAAAAUCGGAUCCUCGCACGAGCAAUCCCGCCUUCUGAUCUCGAUCUUCUGCAUUGCAUUGUCCCGCCUUCCAGGCGAUGUGCUCCGCUUCUUCCCCGGCGCCGACUACUUCCCCCGCCAAGGCACUGUCGAAGACUACCGUCCCUGCCCCGGGAUCCUGCUGCAGACGCAUGCGUUAGACGUGGCCGCCUCGCUCAUCGAUAUCUUCCCUGACGAGAUCCGUCAUCACUGCGCCCGCUUCCUGAAGGAGAAGUGCCCACCCUUUGUACCCCUCCAGAAUGACUCGCGUUUCCUCUACCUACUCGGUCCUAUGUCAGAUUCUCAUCCGUCUGCCAUCCUCCAGUCCGCAUCUGCCCCAUCUCCCGCAGCCUCGGCAUCCACGCCAACCCCGACGUCAGCCAAUUUCCCUGCUGGUGGCGCUUCCUCCCAGCCCACGGCUUCGAGUUUGUAUGGCGGACUUUCCGAGAAUUCGAAUUGCAUGGCGAAUCGACUGCGUCUCCAGAAUCGGGGGCGUAUUGUCGGUCCGUAUCCCAUUCGGCCGUGGGAACUUCUCGAAGAUGCGGCGCCGUUUGUGGGUGUUAAUGACACUGCGGUGAACUUGGGCUAUUUCGAUGCGAGACGCGUGCGUGCUUAAGACCGCACUGAAUUCGGGAUUUGCAUGGAAGCUGUGCUGCGGAUUUCAAUUAUCAUUUCUCUCCUUCUUCAUCCCCCCGGCAUCUCUUAUUUCUCCUCUCCCAUCAUUCUUCUAUCUCUACACACCAUGGCCAUUGGUCCUUCAACCAUGUCAAUGUCCAUGCUUCCACAGCUCCCAUGCAUAUCCAUUUUCCUAUUACCAAACAAGCAUUAUCAUCGGGUUACGACGAACGCAUGUUUACGAAUUGAAUCAAAUUCAGCUGUCUUGUCUGGUCUGGUCUGGUCUUUCGCGCCACCAUCUGAGCUUUUCAUUCCAUGGAAUCCAGGUCUAGCCUGGCCUGGUCUGUCCUUGCCUGCCGUGUUCGUGUCAUUGUCAUUGUCCAUUUUGUCUUGUCUCGCCUUAGCAUUGGGGGUAUCCACCAUUCAUUUCAUUUGAUUCAAGGUUCUUGCAUGUUCAUCACGUCUUUACUCGCAUUGAGAUGCAUUUUGGGUUUUCGGUCUUGAGUCUCUUGACUUACUUCGUCUUGUAUAUACAGUUUACAGUUUCGUUUGAGGCGUGUUUUGUUGUUGUUUUCUAUUGGUUUUUGUUUACGUUCAUAUCUAUAUCCAUAUCCAUAUCCUGGCGUUGUUUGGACCGGGAUUAAAUCCAAUUGAAUCUGAUCUGGUAUCUUGGUGUAUAUGCUGUGAUCUAGUUUUUUUGUUUCUUGGGUGGGUGCAGCUGUAUAAUAUUGGAUUUGCAUGGGCA